AUGCUGUCGCGCACCACUAUCGGUGCUCUCGGCCUGGCACGCACUGGGGUGCUUGCAGGCCGUUUAGGCACGGCUGCAAUCGCGUCCCCGGCCCUCUACUUGGCUGCCGCCAGCCGCGGCUUUGCAUCGACGUCUUCCACCUCUAGUCGCCUCCCCCCGACCGUCUUCCAAUCUCGCCGGCCCACACCCAAUUCCAACGAUACCAACAACAGCAAGUCCCCCUCUGUCAUUCUCUCGCAAACGCGCAACAAAUGGUCGUAUGCCGAAAACGGCUUUCUCAACCCUGUUUGGGCCAAGAACCACCCUUGGAUCGCCGGUUGCUCGCGUCUCGCCAUUUCGUUCACUCUCGGUCUCACAAUCCUGCUGGGCGCCAUCCUCCUCCACGACAUGUCUACCUAUAACGAGCGCCACGUCGACCGCGUCCCCUGUAACCCCUUGAGUCUCCACCCUCGCAAGGGCGGACCCAAGAACCUGCCCAUCAUUGAGGAGAACCUCGACGAUGCGGAAGACGACGAGAAGAAGGCCAUGAGCGGCAAGCCACGCCUCGUGAUCGUCGGUGGUGGCUGGGGCGCCGUGGCAGUCCUCAAGACGCUCCCCACUUCAUACUACAACGUCACAGUCAUUGCUCCUGAAAACUACUUUGUCUUUACGCCUCUCCUGCCCUCCGCUUGUGUCGGCACUGUCGAGCCCCGUUCCCUUGUCGAGCCCCUUCGUCGCCUCAUUGCCCGUGUCCGUGGCCACUACCUGCACGGCUCGGCCGUCGACAUUGACAUGGCCAACCGCCUGGUCGAGGUCGAGAUUCCCAGCCAGACUGGCGGAGAAGCCACUCGCGCCUAUGUCCCUUACGACAAGGUCGUUGUCGCCGUCGGAUCGCGUAGCAACGACCACGGUGUCAAGGGUCUCGACAACUGUUACCAGCUCAAGCGCAUUCCCGACGCCCAGGCUAUUCGCCGCAAGAUUAUGAGCAACCUCGAAGCCGCAACUCUGCCUACCACCACACCCGAGGAACGCAAGGUCCUACUCUCGUUUGUCGUCUGCGGUGGCGGCCCUACCGGUGUCGAGUUUGCCGCCGAGCUCUCGGACAUGCUCAACGAAGACGUGCUCGACUUUUACCCCAAGACGCUCAAGAACGAGGUCACCGUCUCGAUUGUCCAGAGCCGCGACCACAUUCUCAACACGUACUCUGAAAAGAUCUCCAACUAUGCCGAGCAGCGCUUUGGGCGUACCGACGUCAAGGUCAUCACCAACGCACGCGUCGCCGAGGUGACUCCCAACUCUGUCAUUUUGACGAUCAAGAACGACGACGGCAAGACGGAGACCAAGGAGAUUCCCUCGGGCUUUACCCUGUGGUCGACCGGUAUUGCCAUGCAGCCGUUCACGCAGCGCAUGACCGAGCAGCUUCCUAACCAGUUCCACUCCAAGGCCGUCCAGGUCGACGCCCACCUCCGCGUCGAGGGCUCGCCCAAGGGCACCGUCUACGCCAUUGGCGAUGCGUCCACCAUCCACCUGGACAUUCUCAACAACCUCCUUGUCCUCUGGGAGAAGUUUGACGCCAACAAGGACGACAAGCUUGACCGCGACGAGUGGCAGCUCCUUGCCAAGCACCUCAAGAAGAAGUUCCCGCUGGCCGAGACCUCCCUCGAGGAAAUUGGCGACAUCUUCAAGAAGUAUGACAAGGACAACGACGGCAACCUGUCCCUCAACGAGGUGGCUGAAAUGUUCCUGGGCAUCACUAAAAACCUCACCACCUUGCCGGCCACGGCCCAAGUCGCGUCCCAGCAAGGCGAGUACCUGGGCCACAUGUUCUCCAAGCUCGCCAACGAGUACGAGACGCUCAAGGCCAACGGCAUCGAAAACGUCGACGACGAGGCAUACUACUCGCCCUUCAAGUACCACCACCUCGGCAGCCUGGCGUACAUUGGCAACUCGGCCGUGUUUGACUACUAUGGCUACUCGAUCGCAGGCGGCCUGCUGGGCAUGUACGCCUGGCGCUCGGUGUACUGGGGCGAGCAGACGAGCUGGCGCACGCGCUUCAUGCUCAUGCUCGACUGGAUCAAGCGCGGUAUCUUUGGCCGCGACUUGUCAAAGGUGAGAGCCCUGCUACCGAACCUCUCAACUCGCGCGCGUUUUGCUGACUCACUUCUCCUCAGUUCUAACAUGCCCGGCCCCCGCGCUCUUUUCUGCCUCGUGUCUAAAGAACCCAUAGAUUAG